ACCAGUUGAGUAUUAGACAUGCUAAAGAAAAAAACACCGACCUCACAGACUUAAUUAGCUCUCGGCCGGGUCUUCUUCUCUAUUUUCAGCUUCAGGGCACUCGUCAUCUCUGUAUUCCACGUACAACUCUCAUCACUCUUUGCAAUAAACAAGAAGCAGAGAAUCAGCGCAAACUUUCAACGCUCUAAAAUCCAUUGAACCUGGACGCAAAAUGGGCUCAGAAUCGUUUCUACGACCUCUCCUGACUGCGAAACUUCGCUUGAAUAUUUAAACUCUUCAUCUCUGAGUUGUUUUCGUUGUUGUUCUUCGUCAUCAGCAACAGGCAAAUAUGUUGAACGUUAUGGAAUGGAAUUUUGCUUCAUUCUCCGCUGGAUUGGCUCAUCCAGGGUCAUCACUGUGGCCACCUAAAUGAGCAACCGGAUUACUGAUGCGCUUCCGGUAACAGAUAUGGAGUUACCUGCUGACGCUCACUCACAUGAACAUCCAGAGAACUUGCCAUACGUCCACAAAGUGGGAGUGCCUCCCAAGCAGAAUUUGUUUACUGAGUUUAAAACAACUCUCAAGGAAACAUUCAUGCAUGAUGAUCCUUUGCGCUCUUUCAAGGACCAAUCAAACUCAAAGAAGUUACUCCUCGGACUACAAGCUGUUUUUCCCAUUCUCGAUUGGGGAAGAAGCUAUAGCCUUUCCAAAUUCAGAGGUGAUCUGAUUGCUGGACUUACCAUUGCAAGUCUUUGUAUUCCUCAGGACAUUGGCUAUUCAAAACUAGCAAAUUUGGCACCGCAAUAUGGACUUUACAGUAGCUUCGUGCCACCGCUGAUCUAUGCAGCCAUGGGAAGCUCGAGAGAUAUUGCCAUAGGCCCGGUGGCAGUUGUGUCUCUCUUGCUUGGAACUUUGAUUCAGGAUGAGUUCGAUCCUGUCAAACAAAAAUUAGAUUAUCAGCGUCUCGCAUUUACAGCCACAUUCUUUGCUGGACUCACUCAAUUUACCCUUGGCUUUUUCAGAUUGGGUUUCUUGAUUGACUUCCUGUCUCAUGCUGCCGUUGUUGGCUUUAUGGGUGGUACAGCCAUAACCAUAGCUCUUCAGCAGCUUAAAGGACUGCUUGGCAUUAAGAAAUUCACAAAGAAAACCGAUAUUGUUUCUGUGAUGCGGUCUGUUUGGACUAGUGUACAUCAUGGGUGGAAUUGGCAAACUGUAGUAAUAGGAGUCGCUUUCUUGGCUUUCCUUCUCCUUGCAAAGUACAUCGGGAAAAAAAACAAGAAACUCUUUUGGGUGUCUGCCAUCGCUCCGUUGAUUUCUGUGAUCAUUUCAACCUUCUUUGUUUAUAUCACCCAUGCUGAAAAGAAGGGAGUCCAAAUUGUAAACAAGAUUGAAAAAGGCAUCAAUCCAUCUUCUGUCCAUGAGAUCUUCUUCACUGGAGAAAAUCUUGGUAAAGGUUUCAGGAUUGGGGUCGUGGCUGGAAUGAUAGCAUUGACGGAAGCUGUGGCAAUUGCAAGAACUUUUGCAGCAAUGAAGGACUAUCAUAUAGACGGAAACCGUGAGAUGGUAGCAUUAGGAACGAUGAACGUUAUUGGCUCCAUGACAUCGUGUUAUGUUGCCACAGGAUCUUUCUCGCGAUCUGCAGUGAACUAUAUGGCAGGAUGUAACACAGCAGUUUCCAAUAUCGUGAUGUCUUUGGUUGUCUUGCUGACUCUGGAAGUGAUCACCCCGCUGUUCAAAUACACCCCAAAUGCUAUACUGGCUUCCAUCAUUAUAUCCGCUGUUGUUGGACUAAUCGACAUUAAUGCAAUGUUACUGAUAUGGAAGAUUGACAAGUUUGAUUUCAUUGCGUGCAUGGGAGCCUUCUUCGGUGUGGUUUUUGCCUCGGUUGAGAUUGGUCUCUUGAUUGCGGUCGCAAUAUCUUUUGCCAAAAUCCUCCUCCAAGUGACGAGGCCUCGGACUGCGGUACUCGGAAAAGUCCCAAGAACAAAUGUAUACAGAAAUAUACAACAAUAUCCAGAGGCAGCUAAGGUUCCUGGGAUUCUAAUCGUCCGAGUUGAUUCUGCAAUUUACUUUUCCAACUCCAACUAUAUCAGGGAGAGGAUACUAAGAUGGCUAAGUGAUGAAGAAGAACAGCUGAAAGAAAAUGGGGAGCUCAAGUCUAAAAUUCAUUACUUGAUUGUGGAAAUGUCACCUGUUACAGAUAUUGACACCAGCGGAAUCCAUGCCUUGGAAGAGUUGCACAAUAGUCUUCGAAAGAGAGAUAUUCAGCUGGUUUUAGCAAAUCCUGGACCAGUGGUAGCGGACAAGCUGCAUGCAUCCGACUUUACUAGCUUGAUUGGGGAAGACAACAUCUUCCUCACAGUAGCGGAUGCUGUCAUCACCUUUGCCCCCAAGAUGCAGCCUUAAAAGCACCCUCGGAAUUCUACCGAGCCUUAAAAGCACGUUUGUCAUUUCAUUUCCGUCAUGGUCAAGGGCAGUCCCUUUUCUUUUUCUUUUUCUUUUUUUUUUUGGGUGGGGGAGGGGGCUGAAAACGUCUACAUUGUAUCAAAAUUAGAAGAUGUACACUGAAUUCCAAGGAUGACUAGUCGUUUAUACGCUUAAGUGACAAAGUCUUGUCUUAUGCGAUCACGAAAUCUGAAACGUUGCUCUAAGGUAACUCGUUCGGAGUUGUUUGUGUGAACAUGCUCCAAGGUAACUACUUCGGAGCUGUGCUUGGGCGGGGUUGAAACAAAUGGUGCAGUGUUCAUUUGGGCCGGUCGACUUUGAUGCCAAUGCAUUCUUGCUUCUUCGAGUUGUAACCUUUCGGGAGUUCCUAUGGCCUUGUUUAGAAAGCAGUUUUUCUUUGAAAA